AUGGCGUUGGUAGUGUCAUUGAAAAUGUUUCUUCUUUUUUUUCUUUUUCUUCUGAAAACCGCAAGUUCGACUAAUUUUUAUACUAUCAGCGACGAACAAACUCCAUUUCUCAUAGAUAUUUGCAAAUUAUACGGAACGAAAUCUGUAGUAUUUUUAUAUGCUGAAUCAAUAAAAGAAAUGGAAAUGACAACGAUGGUGUUUAAAUGGAGGCGUGCACUUUCUCAGGAAGGUAUUGCGAGCACGAACUUGCACUUUUCACAAUUGCACGAAUUAUCGUACUACGUAAAAGAAACUGUACGACCGUAUUACAUCGUAGUGAUCCCUAAUUACAACGCGAUUAAUGAGUUUUCUUUAACAACAAGUACCUUUGACAUGUCUUUAGCUGUGUGGCUAGUGAUAUUCAUUUACAAGGGACAUAGUUCCGAUUAUUGUCACAAUCCACCAGGUAAUAUAUUUAAUUUAAGAUUCAACACCGAAAUGGUGGUACGUUGUGAUACAGAAAAUAUUUUACGAGAAUGGUAUUCGGUCAAUACGAAUCUAAUCGAGAUCAAUGAUGUAGCAACAUGGAGUUUAGAGAAAGGAGUCACUAAAAUGAUUCCAGAUUCUCUUUACGAAAGAAGAUAUAAUUUACAGGGUUUAGUUAUGAGAGCUGUUGCACUCAAGGAUACAGCAUUCGUAAGAGUAAAGGAGGAUAAAGAUUUAGAUGGUUUAUUCGGUAAAAUAUUAAAAGAACUUUCUGUUACCCUUAAUUUUAGUUUGGAUAUUGUCUCGAAAAUGGAAGAGCAUGGAAGAUGGAAUGCAAGGAAAAAGUCGUGGUCUGGAGCAAUUGCAGAAGUACAUGGUGGACGUGCUGACAUUGCUCUUGCAGAAUUUUCCAUUACCCAUGAGAGAUUAAAUCCCGUUGACUUCACAAUUCCUAUUUUCACUUCCAAAAAUUGUCUCUUCAUUCGGAAACCAGAAAGGCAUGCGAUUAAAUGGACAUCUUACUAUUCAACUUUUACUAAUUCGGUUUGGAUUACUACGUUUGGAUUGUUAAUUACUGCAUCGAUCUUAUUGAUUUCUAUCAAAAUAAUAAGUGGGAAUAUAUGUAAAAUAAGACAUUUAUUAUCUGAUAAUUUUCUAGAUAUUUGGGCCAUAUUUUGUCAACAGGGAAUCGAAGAUUUUUCUGGUAGUUUUUCGUUAAGAAUAACAUACUUCUCUAUAUUUCUUUUGAUUAUUGUCUUUUGGGCCGCCUAUUCAGCGGCUUUAAUAAGCUAUUUAACGACCGUUUUGCACAUCAUACCCUUUGAUUCAUUAGAGAGCUUCCUUCAAGAUGGUACAUAUCAACUUGCCGUCUUACGUGGUACAUCUUAUUAUGAUAAAUUUGCAAAUUCGAAUAAUCCGAUUGCAAAGAAAUUAAUGAAGUUGAUGCUAGAAGAGAAAAAAUUACCUUUAACUGCUCUUGAGGGAUUUAAUAUGGUUAUAAAGAAUCUACGAUCAAAUAAAUUUAAUUUGGAGAGCCCUAAGAUCUUACUUGAAAGUCUUAUUUGUAAAAAUCCAAAAUUAGCUUUUUACACGUUUGACGAUAUGAAAAAGAGUAUAGGUAAUAUAAUACCAUGUAAUCUGAUAUGUGUUGAAACAGGAGAUGUGAAUAGUGUUGCUAUAAUUUUAUCUAAGCACAAUUCAUUCACCGACGUCAUCAAUUUUCAAUUAUAUUUGGAUAGUCAAAUUAUUGUUCUAAAAUUUACUAAAAAUUACGCUGAAAAUUAUGUUGAUAUGACGUUUCUUCUGGAUGCAAUCAUUAUUUACUAA